CUCUGCUUUGUGGGUGUAACGUCAGACUAUAAAAUGUGAGAAAUGAAAAUAGAGAGCAAUCCUCAAUCUACCGCUGUGAUACAAUGGACAUUGCUAAGCUCUGGUUUUGGUUUACACUGCUCUGUGUUUGUGGCAGCUGGAUUUCGAGUCUGGCUAUAAACUGUGACUGGACCACCGAGUAUGAACUUGGAAAGAAAUGUUUUAAAGCCUGCCCUUCGGGUGAGUAUCCCAAAGAAUCAUGGCAAGAGAACAGUGGCAUAGUGUGUGAGAAAUGUCCACCAAACCCUGCUUUGGGUAAGGUCAAAUGUUUCUGUAAUAAUGAUUUAUGCUUAAAUGAAGACUGCAGCAGUUGUGAGAAAAGAAUAAGCUGUGAACCUGGACAUAAAAUGAGGAGAAGAGGUGACUUUGAUUACAAUUACAUUUGUGAGCCAGCAUGUCCAAAAAACACUUACUAUGAUGCUGAGGGCAGCACGUGUAAAUCCAUUAUACAGUGUGUUGGUGAUGUGAUCCCUGGAAACAAGACCCACAAUGCAAGAUGUGUAUCUUCUGACAAACAAGAAAACGGGAUCCUGUCUCAUCCGUUCAUGGUGGCCUGUUUAAUAGUCACCGUGUUGACUUGCUUCGUUUUUAUCAUGUACAUUGCUUUCCAAAUUUUCAAAUACAAGAUGCUCAUAAAAUUAAGAAAACCGUGCACACAUGUAUUGCCCUCAGAUACAUGCAGUUGCAAACUUUCCAAGGAGGAAAUGGGUGAUGGAUCUGACUCGGUAUCAGAAGAAUAUAGCAAGUGUGAUGUCAACAGCUUUCCUUGAAAGUUCUCUGUGAUCUGAAGAACACCCAAUGAACAGACUCUCUACAACAGACUGGAUUGGAUUUGCAGUAUAACAUCUAACUAUAGUUUGUUACUCUGAAUGGAUCCGCACAAAGGUCUUAUCACUUCAGUUUCAAAACAGAUUCACAUGAGCUGAAGUUAUAGGAAAAGACGACAUGUUUGUUUUUGCCUUGAUGGAACAUUUGCUCUCUGAAGCUGAG